CCCGCGCAUCUUUAAGGUAUUCCGGGAAAUCGCGGCGGUGGAUGGGAAGUGGCCCGGCCGGAUCGGGGUGGCAUCAAUCACACCGGAACCCUCCAGCACCCAAAAAAUCCGGACUGGGACACACCGGGAGCAGUACCGGGACCCGCACGGACACUCUGGGACCCUCCAGAACCAACUGCGAGAAGAACCGGGACCAAGAGGGAGCGGGACCGGGACCCAGCAGGACCCAGCAGGACCCAGCAGGACCCAGCAGGACCCACCGAGCCCUCUGCCCGCGAUGCUGUCUCCCCCCAUAUGCCGGCUCCUGGCCCUGCUGCGCCCUGAGUGCGGGCGCUGGAUGCUGGUGGGGGGGCUGAUGUCGGCUUCUGCCCUUGGUGAAGUGGCUGCCCCGUACUUCACGGGCCGUGUCACCGACCGGGUGACACAGGAGGAUGCAACAGCGGCCGUGUGGCCCCUUGUGCUGGCAGGGCUUGGCAGUGCCAUCACCGAGCUGGUCUGUGACAGCAUGGCAGCUGUGGCGCUGACGCGGGCGCGGGACCGGCUCCAGCGCGGCGCGGUGGCCGCGGUGCUGCGCGGGGACGUGCCCAGGCCGGGGAGCAGCCUAGGGGACACGCCAGGCGCGGUGGCUGAGCGGGUGACAGGGGACGCUGAAGCGGCGCACUCGACGCUGGCCCAAGGGCUGGUGUCAGCGCUGUGGGCGUUGACACGGGCUGUGUCACUGUUGGCCACGGUGUUCUGGCUGUCCCCGGUGCUGGGCCUGCUCACCUUCCUGGCACUGCCCCUUUUUGUGCUGCUGCCACACAAGGUCGGGUCCAUCCAACAGGAGCUGGCACAGCAGGUGCAGUUGGCACAGGCCAGCACCACGGCGGUGGCCCUGGAGUCUCUGAGGGCCAUGGGGACCGUCCGGGCCUUUGGGCAUGAGGCCGGUGCCAUCAAGCGUGUCCAGCAGCGCUUCGCCCAGAGAUACCAGCUGGAGAGGAGGGAGGCGCUGGCCUAUGCAGCUGGGCUCUGGGCCAGUGGGUUCCCUGCACUGGCCCUGAAGCUGGCGCUGCUCCUCUUGGGGGGACACUUUGUGACCACAGGGACCGUCACCCCUGGGGAGCUGGUGACCAUCCUCAUGUGCCAGCUGCACUUCACCAGGGCCAUGGAGGCUUUGCUCUGGUACUUUCCUAUCCUGGCCAAGGCCAUUGGCUCCUCUGAGACACUCCUGGAACUGCUGGAGAAGGCCAGGCUGGUGGCACCUGCAGGGCCACCAUCACCUGUCACCCUCCAUGAGACCACAUGGACUCAAGGCCUGUGCCUCAAGGAUGUCUGGGUGUCAUACCCUGGCCGGUCCGAGCCAGUCCUCAAGGGGGUGUCGCUGUCGCUGCGCCCCGGGGACGUUGUGGCCGUGCUGGCGCCCCCUGGCGGUGGGAAGAGCUCGCUGGUGGCUGCGGCGCUGGGGCUGCGCCCCCUGGCGGGUGGGACGGUGCUGCUGGACGGGAUUCCCCUGAGCCCUCACUCGGACCCUGCUCUGCGGCAACAGGUGGCUGGUGUCCUGCAGUGCCCAUCCAUCUUGUCUCGCUCCCUAAGCGCCAACAUCACGCUGGGCUGGGGACACAAGGAGGGGACACAGGUGGUGGCAGCAGCGCGGCGGGUUGGGGUGCACACUUGGGCCCAACAGCUGCCACACGGCUAUGACACAGAGGUGGGCCCACGGGGGAUGCAGCUUUCAGGGGGGCAGGCACAAGGAGUGGCGCUGGCCCGGGCCCUGCUCAGGACCCCCCGAGUGCUGGUGCUGGAUGAGCCCACUCGUUCACUCGAUCCUGUGACCCGGCACCAGGUGGAGCAGGAGCUGCUGUGUCCCGGCGGUCCCGGUGGGUCAGCGGUGCUGCUGGUGACAGGGCGGGUGGCCCUGGCCCAGCGGGCACCGAGGGUGGCCCUGCUGGAGGGGGGACAGCUGCGGGAGCUGGGGACCCCCGGGGAGCUGAGGACCCUCCCGUGGGGGACAGCGGGGGACGCUGGGGAUGAGGAGGGCGAGAACUAGGGCUGGGAGGGGGACACUGGGGAUG